AUGAAAAUGCAUUUUGAGUGAUUCCACGAACAAAUUUGCAACUUAAUGGAGAUGUGGAUUGACCCUUACGAAUAUUGAAUCACCAUGGAUUAUGUUGGCUAACUUGGGAGUUUUUCGUAUGUUGGUAUUUCACGAUGCUCAAUUGUCUGUUCUACAUCAAAUGCAUAACCUUGUUGCUGCUGUUGGUGUUAUCUGUGUGUUGGAGUAUGGCGAGUUCAUCAAGGUUUGACACCAAUACAAUAUGCUGCAGUGCUCAUCCAGAUGCACCUUUGAUUGAAGAUUAUCGUGCUGGUGAUCAGAUAUGCUCAGAAUGUGGUCUUGUAGUUGGUGAUAGAGUAAUUGACGUGGGUUCAGAGUGGCGAACAUUCAGCAAUGAAAAGGCAGGUGCCGACCCAUCUCGAGUUGGUGGACCAGAAAAUCCAUUGCUUAAUGGUUCUGAUCUUUCAACAAUGAUUGGACCUGGACGUGGAGAUGCCUCCUUUGAUGGUUUUGGUGUCUCAAAAUAUCAAAACCGAAGAACUAUGAGUAGUUCAGAUAGAGCGUUAAUCAAUGCAUUCCGAGAAAUUACCAGCAUGGCUGAUCGCAUAAAUUUGCCAAAGACCAUCGUGGAUCGUGCUAACAACCUUUUUAAGCAAGUACACGAUGGGAAGAAUCUGAAGGGCCGAGCCAAUGAUGCCAUCGCGUCGGCCUGCCUUUACAUCGCGUGCCGCCAGGAAGGUGUUCCACGUACUUUUAAGGAAAUUUGUGCUGUCAGUAAAAUCAGCAAGAAGGAAAUUGGACGCUGUUUCAAGUUGAUACUGAAAGCUCUUGAAACCAGUGUGGACCUUAUCACAACAGGAGACUUUAUGUCACGUUUCUGUUCUAACCUUGGACUUCCCAACAUGGUUCAGCGUGCAGCUACGCAUAUUGCCCGAAAAGCAGUGGAACUUGACAUUGUGCCUGGACGUUCGCCCAUUUCAGUUGCUGCAGCUGCAAUCUACAUGGCUUCACAGGCUUCUGAAGACAAACGCAGCCAGAAGGAAAUCGGCGAUAUCGCUGGCGUGGCUGACGUGACAAUUCGCCAAUCCUAUAAGCUGAUGUAUCCUCAUGCUGCAAAGCUUUUUCCAGAAGACUUCAAAUUUGCAACUCCUAUUGAUCAACUGCCGCAGAUGUAAAGCAAAGAGAUGCAAGUUCGUGCACUUGAGAUGUGAUUGCAAGGAAGGGCAAUUACAUUGGCUGGUUUUUGUUAGGAUGCAAAAGUGUAAUGUAAGAGAAAGGUGUAUUGUUAAUUUUUUGUGUGGAUGUAAUUUCAUAGAAAUGGUCAGACACUGCUCUUCUGGCUGUAAUACCUGAGCGAGACGUAAUAUAGGAUCUUCUUAAUUAUACGGGAUCUGACGUGCAGAGUGAAUUUACUGACCUAUGUGGACCUUUAUAUAUACACAGUGUGACCACAAAGUUCCUUU